AUGGGAAGUAUAUUACUGCCACAUUUGAGAACUGGCUGGCAUGUUGACCAGGCCAUUCUGUCAGAAGAGGACCGACUGGUGGUGAUUCGGUUUGGCCGCGACCACGAUCCUGACUGUAUGAGAAUGGACGAGAUCCUGUACGGAGUGGCCGACAAAGUGCGGAACUUUGCUGCUAUCUAUGUCUGCGACAUCGACGAGGUGCCGGCGUUCAACCAAAUCUACGAACUCUACGACCCUGUAACUGUCAUGUUUUUUUUCCGCAACAAGCACAUGCUGUGUGACUUCGGAACCGGUAAUAACAACAAACUCAACUUCGUGCUGGAAAACAAGCAAGAAAUGAUCGAUAUUAUCGAGGCCAUCUACCGUGGAGCUCGCAAGGGCAAAGGUCUCGUCAUGAGUCCCAUCGACUACUCCACCAAGCACAAGUACUAA